CUCAAGCUUAGAUCAAACUGUUGCUCAACUGUCUCUGUUCUAUAAAUACUCGCUGUUUAGCUGCUGUGUUUCUUUUCUCCUGUUCUCUCUGCCCCCAUUGAAAUCUGCAACACUACGGCACAAUGGCUUCUUCAUCUCUCUCGUCUGUCAGGGCUGUCUUUUUGGUGGAGUUCGAUGUUAAGAUUGGAUACGAGCUAAAGUGGUCCUAUCAGUUCAACCACCACAACCCCAUCGACCUAUCCAACAUAGAAUUCAAGUCCUUGCCCAGUGGCCUCCACGACUAUUCAAACUGUUUCUUCAAGUUCAAACAUUACGACUCCAAAAGCGCAAAGUUCUAUGACUCCAUCACCAAUUUCCAACAAAAUGGUUUCAAAAUCAACAAUACUAAUAGAGCCAAUCGUUUAAGAGACGAAAUCAAAAUGUUUUCUCUAGGUCUACUACUAGAUGAAAAAACCAUCUCCUCUGAUAAUCAUGACCAUGGCUGGAAUUACUCUGAGCUUUUAAAUACCCAUUUAUCUGCUUAUAUCAAUAACAGCCAAUUUGACGACUACGCUGUCUUUAAAAUCAAUUUGAUCAACGAUUUGAAAAACAAUAACAGCAUCAUCACUACAAAUAUUAUUGACGUUGAUAGCAACAUCAACAGCAAUAAACACAAUAAAUCCACCCAUAAAAACAAUGCCACGAAUAUCAAUCUCAAUAGUCUCUCCAGUUUAUCCGGGCUAACCCACAAUGAGGUUGAGUACCUUUUACAAAUGUUUGGCCCAUCUCUACUAAAAAUACUAAGGUAUUCGAUCUUGGGUAAAAACAUCUUGAUCAAAAAUAACAUUUCAAAUUUGCUAUCGUUAAAUUCCGACUUAUCCCUAAAUUCAAACUUAAGUAUUAACUCCAAUUCAAUCCCACAAGUUGAAAAUAAUUCAAAACUAAUCACCCUUAUCUCAAUCUUACUAAGCAAAAUCUACCCUAUUUUUGAUCAAGAUGCAAAUAGCAAUAGAUUUAUCAAAAAACACAAAACCACUUCCUUAUACAACAUUUCUCUUCAUGAUUUAUCAUGGUUGAAAAAAUUCUCCUUGAAGAAAAAUUUCAUUGCAUCUUCCUCUGACGAUAUAAUUUUUGAAAAUUAUAAAAAAUAUAAUAUUGACAUUGUUAUUGAAUUUAAAGUAGUCUUUCAAAAGAAUUAUUAUAUUUACCCCAUAAUUAAUUAUUAUAAUAAUCAUAAAGUUUCAAAUGCUAAUAUUCUUAGAAAAAUCAAAGCUUCAAAUGUUGAUUUAGAUGACUUUAUUUAUUUGAAUAAUAAUUAUCCACUCAAAUCAUGGAAUCUUUCAACAAACCAUCUUUCAAUCUUGCAGCAUUUAGAAAGACUUUUCAAACAAUUAAUACCAUUCAAAAAUAUCGAUAUUUAUAGCAAUCAUAAUAACAACAUCAGUACUACUACUACUACUACUACUAUUAAUAAUAAUAAUAAUAAUAAUAAUAAUAAUAGUCCUGAAAAUACUCAUCUUAACUAUGAUGGCUUGAACACAACAAGCCAAACUAAUCUUUUAAAUUAUUCAUUUUUAUCCACUUCUGAUUCUUUUGCAAAUAAAUCAAAUUUUACUUUAUCAAGUCUAUCCUUUACAGAUCGAAAUUUGGAUACAAUUUAUAGCAACGAAAAUGAUACUGUCAAUGAAGAUGAAAGCGAUAAUAUAAAAAAUAAUUCAUCUGAAAGAUCAAUUGAUGAAAACCUAAUUCCACUAUUACUUCAGAAAUAUGAAUUAAUAUUCAAUUAUUUAAAUAUAUUAAGCUCUUCAAAACUUUUCACUAAAAGUAAAGACCCUAGAAAGAUAUCCUACAAAGAUAUUAGAAGAUUAAAACUUGAUAUUUAUGAUAGUGACGAUUGUUAUUUUUUAUUAAAAUUUAUCAAAGCAAAUUUCAAAGAAAAAAAAGUUGAAAUAAGUUCAUGCUUUGACCUAUUUUCUUGCUGGGUUUUGUAAAAAAUUAUAU